AUUUUAUUUAAUUUCAUACUAGAGUCUAGACAACCGAGCUGGCGAAGUACUGCGUGUGUAUACACUCUGUAAGGUUUCGCUUUAACGAUACUUUUCAUAACCAUUCUAUCGUUGUUUGUGUUCAUGUUCACAUUACAGCGAGUAUAUUGGGUUGAGAAAAUCUGGAGAUCGCGUAAAGUCUGUAGAGGAGAUCAAAUAACUGCGAAAGCUUUUGGAUUUUUUAAGAAAUCCGUUCAUAGUUUCCUUGCGAGCUUAGUUUUAAACUCGUUGCGCUUAUUUGCACGAGUCAUCCGCAAGAAAGCGUCAAACGUUUGCCUCGUUCUGGACGAGAAAAAUUGCUGUAAAACUAGCAUACUAAAGAAACAAUAUUUCGUCUCGCGGAUCUGGCGUUGGCCUGACAUAAAGGACGACACAGUGUUGAAACAAACUGAAGACAGCAGUAGCAUUGAGGAGGCAACUGGCGGUAUGGCCGACUGUUUGUGUGUGAAUCCAUUUCAUUUCACUAAGAUCAGAGAGCGAGAAAUACCAUACCAAGAUUUCGGGACGAAGAGAAGAACAUUCGAAGACUCCGGUCUAUCGUGUGGAACGAUCAUGACUGAUUGCGACGAAAAGCGUACACAUUGUGAAGUUUCAGUGAGUAAACGUCGUGAAACGAAAAAAACUAAACCAUGGUUGACUGUCGCGUAUUGGGAAAAACACGAGAGAGUCGGACGCAUGUAUCACGGUUUCGAGAAUUCCAUAAACAUUUACGAAAGAAAAUCGAAAAACAACAGACUUGGGUUAUGUCUAAGAGAUGUCGAUCGAUCCAAUGUAAUUAACGAAAACACAAAAGCUGUACUUAAACAUAUUGGUGAUGGUAUACAAGUGAGCCUGGAGGAUGGAGAUAUUUGGGUUUAUAAUAAAUCAGAAUCGCCAGUCUUUCUCAACGGUGAAUUAUUACAGACACUACGAAACACAGAUAAGCCAAGGAUUGAGAAAUUGCCUGCAGGCUAUUGCAUUAAGGUUCACAACAACAAAAACUUUCCAACGCGAGAUGAUGAGACAUUGAAUGAUCAAAAAUACGAAGAACAUUGUCUACGUGUAAGUUUUGUCAAAGGAUUCGGUUGUGGUUAUAAACGACAAACGAUAAUGAACUGUCCAUGUUGGAUCGAGUUGUUUUUCACUCUUCCAAAAUCAUAGAAGUCGAUAUCGUUGAUUGUUAAAUGAUGGAUGAUGGAUUUUUGGCGGAGCGCGCCAUACGAAAAUGUUGGGACACAAUGAACACGUCAAAUUAUGAAUCACAAUGAAUAAUGGAAAGGAAUAUUUGAAAAAGCAUGGAUUUGCGUCCGAAGAAUUCGUCAACAGACGGUCUUCAUUACAAUCAAGUAUAAAUAGAGUUUUGUGACCGCAGAUAUGUAAUGUAUGCAGCACAAGUAUGUCGUCUUAUAUUACCACAAGAUGCCUCGACAUCUUUUUCACUUUGGGAGUAAGGACACGAGUUGUGGUCGAAACUCGCAAUGGACUUAAUUGCAAAGCUUAAUGUCCGCGCUGUUUAAGAUAAGAUAGUAUCUUUUGGUGGCGACUGUCGGCGAUAUCUGCAGUCCUCGCCUUUUCUUUACCCCAGUAUAUAUGUUGUACAAAAUUUACGGUUUAAAAACCAGAGAAUGUUGAAAUUCAUAAAUAAAGCAUUGCGAACUAAA